AUGCAUAAUCCCCGGGGACUCCCCAGGGAGUCCCCCUCCAAUAAGCCAACAUUAAUGCGUCAACCUUCGAUGGCUGAUAUAUGCUACACUGAGAUUGAAGUACUAAAUCCAGAAACUCAUGGGUUCGGACAAAAGCGAUAUACUGAUUACGAAGUACGAAUGAAAACCAAUUUACCAGUAUUUCGUUUAAAAGAAUGUACUACUCGUCGACGAUACAGUGAUUUUGAAUGGUUAAGAAAAGAACUUGAACGUGACAGUAAGAUUGUUGUACCAUCACUCCCAGGUAAAGCAUGGAAACGACAACUUCCAUUUCGUCGAGAUGAAGGUCUAUUUGAAGAUGAUUUUAUUGAAGAUCGUCGAAAAGGUCUUGAACAAUUUGUUAAUAAGUAUGUGCUUUUAAUUGACUUUACCAUGCAGUCGCAUAUGUCUGUUAAGCAUGCUAUGCAAUCCACACAUUACAAUGAUCGUAUUGCAAAUCCAAAAUUAGAGGUCAAUGAGAGGCGACUAAGGCCAAUCUAUGAUUUUAUGGAAAUAUCAAAUUAUCGCAAAGCUCUUGAUCAAAUCGAUCGUUUAUUGAAGAAACAACCAACAUUUACAGCUGCAAAAGCAUUAAAAUGUUUAGUGUUGUUAAAACUUGAUCGUAGACCCGAAGCAAAACAAUUAGCUGAUGAAUUAUUUCAAUUAGCAUCAUCGAUAACACCUGUAUCGGUAUCUGCAUCUGCCUCCUCACGUACUCAACAACAACAAGAUUCAUUAGUAGAUGAAAAUGCUCUAACAUUUUUAGCUCAAUAUUAUAAAGAAUUACGAAUGUAUGAGAAAAAUGUAUUGAUUUAUGAAUGUGCUUGUAAACGUGAUCAGAUAAAUGAAGAAUUAUUAUGUUCAUUAUUUAUGGCUUAUGUACGUGUAAAAGAUUAUAAAAAUCAAAAAAUAACGGCCGAUCGUUUAUACAGAUUAACAAAAAAAAUUCCAUAUUUAAAUUGGGCUGUUAUUAGUGUAUUAUUACAAAUUGAAGAAGAUCAAUCACAAUUAAAACAAACACUCUAUGUACCAAUGGCAAUGAAAAUGUUAGAAAAAUUGUUUGACGUUGAACAACAACAUAUUAGCGAAAUGGAAUUAUUACUAUAUUUAUACACUUUAGAAUUAAAAGAAGAUUUUAAAGCAGCAAUGGAUUUUGUUGACAAACACAGUCACCAAUUGAUGCCAAUAAUACCAAAUGAUGAAUCAAUUGUAUCAUACUAUUUUAUGUCGGAAAAACGUAUAGUAUAUAAUUAUAAAGCAAAAAAUUAUAUUGAAACAUAUCAUUUAGCUCAAGAAUAUAUUGCAGAUGAUAUGGAUUUAUGGAAUUGGUAUGAAGCAUUAUUUGAUUCAUAUUUUAAAUUAGAUUAUGAUCAACGUUCAUCUUAUUUAACUGAAUUAAUUGCAUUUAUCAGUCAACGCAUCGAAUCACGAGCGUCUGGAAUAACAACAGGUGAUGAACGAAAAAAUAGUGAUCGUGCUCCACUAUUAUCUCAAUUAGAAUUUGGUAGACGAUUAUUUAUUGAUUUGAAUAAAAAAUCAACUACAGAUAACAAUGAAGCUAAAAAAACAUAUUACGAAACACCAUUUAUUCAAUCGUACAUGAACGAAUCAUAUUUCAGUUAUAUAAAAGAUUACAUUGAGCAAUAUUCAUCAAAAACAUCAUGUUUACCAAUGUAUGAUCUGUAUAAAUAUAUGGAAUAUUUACCUGUUGAACAACAUAAUCAAUUAAAUAUGUAUUUGUAUGAAAAACAUAUUAAAAAACUUGUUGAUCAACAAGAAACCAUAGGUGGUGAGAUUGAACAAAACUCAUUGUCAUCUGCCGUUGAUAUUCAGUUCUUAAUAAAUAUUCUUUAUUGUUCACGUCUAUGUAUCAAUUCAAAAUAUCUUGUAACUCAUCGUGAACAAAUAAUUUCGAAAUUACUUGAAUAUUCUCAUUUACCAACAACAUCAUUACUACUCCAAGGUGAUCUUGUACUAAUAUCAGCUAGUAUAUUGAAUGAAACUAUCCGUCAACAACACUCUGAAUCAAUGUUAAUCGAUUUAUAUUGUCUAUUAGAAUAUGGUCAUAAACAAGAUGCAACAAAUUUUGAUAUUAAAUUAUUUCUUUAUUAUUUAUCGUUAAAAUUCAAUUGUUUUCCUAUGAUGAAAGAAUAUUAUGAAAAAUUAGAAAUCAAAAAUAUUCAAUAUUAUUCAUUAGGUUAUCUAUUGUUAGAUCAUACAUUAAGAAUCACUACCAACUAUCGUUCAAUGAAAAACUUUUUUGUUUAUUUAACUAAUCUUCUACUGACCUAUACCGAUGAUUCAUGGAAUCAAGUAAUGUACUGUUAUAAAUAUGGAAAUUUUCAACGAAUUAAUGAAAUACGUAUGUUUUCUGAUUAUUACUUAACCUAUUCGCAUACAUAUGUCUACUCAUUGAUUGCAUCUAUUAUUGUUGAUCUCGUACACUAUGGUAACACAUAUCAGACAAUUAUGAACAUUUUGAAACAAUUACAAAAUAAAAUUCUAUUCAAAAGUAAUUCAAUUAAAUUAUUAUUUCUUAGUAGUGAUCAGAAUCCCACUCAACAAUUGCAAGAUACAAGAGAUUUUGAUAUAUGGACAAAGAUUGAUUUUAGAUGUUUACGCUAUGAUUUACCACCGAUAACAUUAGAUGAUGAUGAUAUAGGUUCAUUUUCUGAUUCAAUAUUAUCUACCAGCAAUCCACCACGAAAAUAUAAAUCUUCGACAUAUAAUGAUUCAAACAAAAAAUAUCAAAUUAAAGAUUUUCAGAAACGUUGUAGUCUCUUACAGUUACGUUCACUUAUAUUAAAUUAUAUCUGCACGCUUUAUAUGGAUAAAUCUAUAAUUGAACCAUCAUCAAUAUUUGAUUCUGAACUGACCGAAACAAAUGAUACUGAAGCACCUCCACUUUUACCUAAUGAGUUUAUGUUUAAUCGUUUACGAUCAAUUCAUAAAGAUUUAGACCGUAAUCUACUAUCAAUCAUGGCAUUUAAUGAUGAAAAAGAGGACUAUAUUCCGUGUGAACUAAAAACAAUUAUUCAUUUAGAACUACAUAAACCAAUUCCAUUAUUGAUCGAUGUUUUCUUAAUUGGAUUUUCAUUUCGUACAAGUAACGAUGCAAUUGAAAAAGAUGCAAACAAAAUGUUCAUAUCUGCUCAUAAUACAACUGUGGAUUUUGGUUCAAUUCAUAAAAAAAUUGAUGAAUUUUUAAAUCAAUUGAUGCAUACCUAUAGUUUACUCAAUGAAAUGAUGAAUAAAACUCAAUUUAUCAAACAUACGUGUACAUCGGACAAAAAUGAUGAUCAUACAAAAUCAAACGCUACUUUUCUAUUUGAUUUUUAUGGUGAAAAAUGUCCAAUUGAAUUAUAUUCAUCUUAUAUUGAAUACUCAUCUUACGUUUAUUUUAUUUAUCUUGCAUUAAAAACAUCAUUACAAGUAUUAUUGAACAAAAAUAUUAAUCAAGCAAGCAAACAGCAACAAAAAGGAAAUAAAAAAUCGAAAAAGAAACAACAACAAUCAUCGCAAGAUGAUACACAAAAUACUGCAUUAACAGAUAAUGAACAUGAACAAAUUAUAGAAAAUUUAUUUUCAAAACUUGAAUCGGUUGAACAUGUCUUUCAUCAACAAUGGCAACAAAUACAAACAACAAUACGUGAUUAUGAAUUAUGGUUAAAAAAACAAAUUCAAAUGAGAGAUGAAGAAUAUCAAAAAUUAGAAAGAGAACUUGAUGAUACUCAAACAUCCACAAUCAGUGUACCAAUCUCAACAUCACAAAAGCAACAGCCAACAGCUACAUCUGUUUCAACAAAAUCAAAAUCUCAACAACAAAAGUCAGUAAAUGACUCAUCAGUAAACGAUGAAAAUAAUAAUAAUGUUGAUAGUACUAGUGAAAAAAUAACUAACGAUUCUACUACCGACGAUGGAUGUUGGAAAUAUGAAUUUGGUAAAACGGAAAUAAAAUCUUCAACAUUAAAAUCUUUUGGUAUGGCCUAUAUGGAAUCAUUAAUUCAAAUGCGUAUUUGUUUACAAAAUAAACAGAAGACAUUGAAUAUUCGACAGCAAGUUCUUUCUUCAUAA